ACCUUUUUGGUUCCAAGAACGACACGUCAACAGUUUGAUUGUGUCUGUGCCGGCAUAGUGAAGAGCAACAUUCUACUCCUCAGAACAAGAAGAUGCUGAAGAUGUUGUUUGCUUACUUGACUUCGUCCCUGUUGGGUUUGUUUCUCUUUUCCACUGCUGUCGAUGCCAAAACAGACGAAUUCUUUGAAAUGAAGGUUUUCAAUCAUGACUUUGAAGCCUCUGAUUCUGAGAUGCAUGCAAUACUAGAGAAGGCAAACCUCCCAGCCCAUGGCUACAAAAAAGAAGUGGUUACCAAACUAGUACAGAAUGCUGGUGGUCAAGAUUACCAGAAAGCAUACUUCUACUACAAGAGCAUCAAUUGCUCAAAGAUGCAGGAGGUUGAACAAGAAUUGGAACGUUUGUUGCCAGGCGUUGUUGGAAAAGAUAUAGGGACAAAGUUCAAAACGGAAAUGGGAACCAGACAUCUUGGCAACAUGGGAAUGUGUAGAGUGGGACUGGAGGUUCAUUUCAAGGAAGCUGAGGGUCGCUAUGACGAUCAGAAAGCUGUCCCCCAACGGCGUAAGAGGAAGCGUAGGGGCGGCUGGUGCCUCAUUUGUGUUAACUGCAAAACUGAGUAGUAGGAGGCCCUCAAAUCCUGUCUGAGCUACCCAGCCACUAGUUUUGACUCAGAGUUGUUCGUCCUUACUUUGUCGUGGUUUUGUUUCUUGUGUUCUAGGACAGAUUUAGUUACAUAGAUUCGAACGUGUAGCUUGCAGGGGUUAAAGCUUUAAUAAACGCUGAU